GUUUGUUUGUUUUUUUUUGUUUUUUGUUUUUGUUUUGUGGGGAUAAACAUGGCGGGACGGGGUGAGGAUGAGCCCUGCUGUAGCACUCGUAGCAUCGGACAGGGCCAGGUUCAAUCCCUGGGUCCCGAAAAAGUCGUGGCUCGCUGGGUUCUGGAUUACUAUGUCUAUUCUGCGAUGGCAGCUUUUCGAGAUGGAAGUUAUGACGAUUUUUGUAAGAUUCGCGAUGUCGUUCAGGACAUGAUAGUUAGCCCAUUUGAACAGUCAGAGGAGGUCACCAGGAAGCUUCGGGUAAUGCAGUUUAUGUCCCGAAUCAAUGAUGGAGAGAAUCUGAGUUAUCAGUUUGAUUCAGAGGGGGAUCUGACUCCCCUGGAGUCUGCCUUCAGACUUUUACACCUAAUAGAUGAAGAGGUGGUGCUGCCUCAGGACUUGGUGGGGAGGGUCUCUAACUCAAUCAGAGAAAUGGCUGUAAUUGUGUGUAUUAAACAAAAGAAGUUUGAGAGGGCUAGUUAUAUACUGAAGAACCAUUUCCUGGGUGACACUGCUAAGAAAACCUUAUUACUGGGCAUUAUCCAGCAGAAGAAGCGUAUUAACUCAGCUUUAAAGAAGACAUAUGAGCAGUUCAGGGAGGAAAUGUUUCAGUUCACUGAGAGUCUUGUCAGUUUCUCUGAGCCUUUCUUACUCAAGACUGCAAAACAUCACAUUGCCUCAGAAAGCACAGUGAGAGAAAAGGAAACUGAACAAACAGCUAUAGAAGAGCCCCAAUCCUCAUCAGAAGCUAAAAAUGUGAAAUCUCCUGUCCACAGGGAGCCCUCGACAGCCUGGACCACCUUUGGCCGCUUGGUUCUCAAAGCUGCAUUCUGUGCCAUGUCCACGAUGGAGGAGCCAAGCUUAGAAUUCACUCGCCUGGAGGAGACGGAUCUUGACCCCCGAGAAGCAGAGAGACCCAGCAACUCACUAAGAAGCUCUAGGAGCCAGGAGUCAGUGUUCGAGCCAGACACCCCUAAACGAGUGAGACGCGAGCAGCCCGUGUCCCGCCUGCUACUAGAGCAGGACAGCCAGACGGAGAGUGAGGGUGUGGAGGCCAGCCCACACAGGAGCAACACCCCGUCCCGCUGGCAGCAGCACCACAGCAACAACCGUCCACAGAAAAGGAGUCCAGCUGCGCUGAUCCAGGAAGAGACUGAUGAUACUGACGACUCCAUUUUACAGAAUAAUUUCGUACCAAGGAAAAGGUUAAAUGUGUCCAACCCAGUGAGAGAGGAAGUGGAGCACUGGAGUGAUGAAGAAUCUUUAUUCUGCCCAAGAUUAGGACCUAACUACAAAAGUAAGGCAUUAGAUGAAAGCUGUAUUACUGGGCAUAGUACAAAAAAGAAGUGGACCUGGGAAGAGACAAUGUGGGUUAAGAAAGGGGUGUCCAAAUUCGGGGAAGGCAACUGGAAGGCAAUUCAGCUAAACUACCCAUUUGUGGGAAGGACAACCAUAAUGAUCAAAGAUCGAUGGAGAACGAUGAAAAAGCUUAAAAUUACUUAGUUAAGAUGCUCCACGGACACUGUAUCUCUGUAGAUGGUUAAGUCAUUUUUCUUUAAAAUUAGGGCUUGAAUUUUUAGGUUUAGUUAAGUUUGUAGUUGCAAUUUUAGGUUUAUGGCUUAAUUAUUGCAUGUUUUUAAACCGGCUUUUGAGAAAGAUAUGUACAACAUAUCGAAACGUUGGGCAGCUGGCUCU